AUGAAAAAGAAGCUACGUGAUAUAAAUAACGACAUUAACAGCUUUGUCUCAACCUUAAACCCAGAUCUCUACCGGGAAGCAAGAGAAGCUCAGCAACACGGGCAGCAGAUCAACUACAGACCAUAUUCCCAAGCCCCAGCACAGAUCAAACAGUUGUUACAAUCUCAGCUUGCUCGCGAACCAAUAGUGCACCUCCCAGCUCAGCCCCCUCCUCAGCUCGCACCUUCAAAGGGCGCAGGUGCACCUCAGUAUCAGACGCAGGCCCAGGUCUCCCAGUACAAGCCUCAGGUGGAAUACGCCUCGGCUCCUCAGCAACCUGCCUACGGUCCGCAGCAGCCAGCACCUGCCCAAUAUACGCCCCAAUAUCGACCCGCUUCCCAGCCCGCUUACCAGCAAUCCAGCAACGCUGGUCAACCCUCUCAGCCCAAUUACAAGGCCCUGUACCGACCCGUAUCUGCACCUCAGGCUGCUCCUCAGUCGCAGCCUCAGUACUCCAGCAAGCUGCCGCCGCAGCUGCAGCAACUCCUGCAGUUCCAAUCGGAGCUCUCUCAUCCGGCCCAGCAGGUGCCUCAGCAGGCGUCUCAGCAACCUGGUGGCCAGUCCAAGAUCUAUCAACCGAAUCAGCAGCGCCUUUACUAA